AUGGCAAACGCCCUCGUCUCUCCUCGUGGUCGGCUUCCACAGCGCAGGGUGCGUCACUCCCGCAUCCUCAUGCUACUCCAGCGGCUCCGCGUCCUCAUCCGCCGCCACCACCAGCUCAUCCUUCUCAACCUCACCCAGCCCCGGCUCCAUAUCAACAGCCUUACCCACCCCACUCCGCAGAUCCGCCGCCGUCUGCUUCGGCACCAUUACACGACCACCAUCGCCAGCAUCCCCCACCGCAACAGCAACCUCACUCGCCCGCUCAUCCCCAUCCCUAUCACCACCCACCCCGCGUCGGCCCCCCAACCUCCCGCGCCGCUCCAGCCCUCGCCCUACGCGGCCGAGAGUCAACCGCGACACAUGAGCUACGACGGCGGGCCGCCGUCCUCCUAUGAGCCUCACCACAGUGGCUAUCCGUCGGCGACGGAAACCUUCUACAGCGUCUACUCUUCCGUCAGCGCGGCCAAGAAGAAGAACACGCGGGCGUCACAGGCCUGUGACCAAUGCCGCCAACUCAAAGCAAAAUGCGACGAGACCAAGCCCUGCAAGACGUGCAGGGACAAGGGCACCGAGUGCCGGUAUAGGGAUCCUGUGCCAAAAGCGACCGACAAGGCCCAGGCCGACAUCCUGGAGGGCAUUACGAUGAUGCAGAAUAGCCUGUCGUCAUUGGUGAACCACGUGGGCAUGAUGAAUGAUAGGAUCACCAAGCUCGAAUCGUCGUUUACUAGGUUUUCUGGCAACGGCCACGUCAGAUCUGACCCCUUGUCCGACGACGAGAUGAAAGCAAUGUCGCGUCACUCGUCCAUCACCGACGGCGGGGCCGACAACCCCUAUCACUUAAACGAUGCCGCCCGCGACCAGAUCCGUGCCGAACGUCUUCCUAUGCACAUCACGGCAGAGGAUGAGAUCGAGGCGGAGCCGGGCCCCCCCGUCCCCCCUGGAGAGCCUGCGAUUCCCAUUAACCACACCACUCUGGCCGGUCUGCUUCUUGAAUGGCCGCCUAUCCGGGAAAUCACGAAGCAUCACGUUGAGAGGGAGGGCAUCUAUCAUGUCAGAGAGUUUCCCAUCAGUCCGGAGCAAAACCGGGGCCCGUUGAUCGUGUAUGGCCGGGGCGAAGACUCGCACCCCUCGCGGCAUCGGGACAUUGUGGACCACGGCCAGCUAGAUAUGGCCGACGACUCUUCCGACAUGGCUUCACCUUCCCCGGCCGCCGACUGGGGUCGUCUGGGAGGGCUCAGCCCCGGCGAUCAGGUCGAUUACAGGGGUGGCGUUCUCGGCAUCGACGGCAACCCCGACUUCAGCGAGUUCAGAGUCAAACAGUACGUGGAGAGUUUCAAGGAGAACAUCUUGAACAUGCACCCCAUUAUACAACCCAAAACCCUCGACGACUGGGUCCAGCAGUUCCUCGACUCGCUGCCCAGGGCUCACCCGAAAUCCCUCAAGCAUCACACCACCAAGCCCGGCUUCGCGUUCGCGAGCGGCUGCCACACUCCAACAGAUUCCACGGGCUUGAAGCGGAAGCGCUCUCCCGGACCCGACGGCUUGGAUGGCCCUGUGAGGGCUGGCAGGCCGGAACGGUCCAUCCACAACGCCCUCAUCCUGACGGUGCUGGCGCUCGGAAAGAUAUGCCUCCAUCGCGACUGCGUCCCUGACGCGCUGCAUCAUGGGGAUCCGCAGCCUCAGGGGAGCCCCAUGAACCGAAACGGAAUCCCGCCCUCGCCGAUCCAAGGCUCUCCCCCCAGCCAUUCUUCCCACUCCCAUUCUUCCAGCCUUGCCUCUCCCAGGGAACCGGAGCGGGGCGCUCAGAGCAGGCGAUCAUCUAUCCAUGGUCCCGGUGGCGUCCGCGUCGGCUACAGCCUCAAGAAAAACUACGAAGUGAUACCCGGCCUGGAAUAUUUUGCGUUUGCGACGGAUAUCCUGGGAAACCAUACAGGAGCCUACAAGAACAUGAAGAACGUGUACGCCGACAUCUUUGCGGGUCUCUACCAAGGACAACUGGCGCGGCCAAUCGAGAGCUUCGCUUUUAUCCAUCAGGCCAGCCACAAGCUGCAAGUCAUUAUGAGACCGAGCCUGGACAAGCUGCGCAAAAUGAAACACAACCGAGAAUUCAUCCAAGAUCCCAAGUACAAUCAGCUGGCGUUGGCGUUCUGGACGUGCCUACAGCUGGAAAGCGAUCUCAUCGCCGAGAUGCCGUUACCUCCGUCCGGACUCUUGUCGUACGAGGACGACAUGCCACAUCCCAACAUGAGCCUGCUCGAUGACGUGGAUCAGAGGGUGCUGGACAGCUACCCGGGCCAGCUUUACCUGCGGACGCAUCUAAAUAGUAUCCACCGCCUGUUUUAUGCGCCCGAGGAUCCCUUGGACCCUGACAAGCAGCAUGAAAACAAGCUGAACAGCGUUGAGCUCGUGGCAAAGGCCGUUCUGGGCAUGGACUGGAUUGCGCCACGUUACGCCUUCAACGAAGACGAUCCGCCCGCAGAUGACAUUCUCUCGGCCCGGCUGCGCGGAAAGUACUGGGGGGCUCAAGUAAUUACAUAUCGGCCAUUCGUCAGGAUGAUCUUGGAAUUCAAUCACAGCCGCAAGAACCAUCCGUCGAGCCCACACAUGACCGAGUUCCGCGAAGGAUACGUCUACUCGAGGAUUGCCUCGGGUGCGAGGACCAUGAGCGACAUCGACCCCAAGGUUGUCGAGCUGGCGCAAAGAGGCAUCAAGGCCCUGGUCGAGAGCACAAGGGCAUUCCAUGGUCUCGGCGAGAAACGGCCCAUCAUCACCAACGUCUUUGGAACGGCACAUGCCCAGUGGGGAAACCUCCUUGUUCUCGCGGCUGCUUACAAGGACCCUAUCCUUCACGCCAUGAUCGACGAAGAGCUCUUGCAGGCGCUCUUCGUCAGGACAAUAUCCUUUUUGCGGCAGUCAGCGACGGCUACGAGCUCUCUGAGAAUCGACAAGCACAUCCUCGAGGGUCUGCAGCGGGACUUGUUCGCCCACGAUCCGAGAACAAGCUCGAGCUUCUCGAGCGGCGCGAGCCUGCAUACGCCCAAGAUGCUCAUGGCGGCACCGCCUCUGGUGUAG